AUGGCUGCCAACAACUCAUCUCCCUACACCGUGUCCUCCUCUGAUAGGCCAGGAAAUCAAUUGAUCUCUUGCACUCUCAAUGGCGAGAAUUACCUCACCUGGUUGAAGCUCAUGUGGACAGCGUUGAUUGCGAAGAACAAGAUAGCCUUCGUGAAUGGGACCAUCCAGAAGCCAAAUGAAGGAGACGCCAAUUACCAGCAGUGGGUUACCUGUAAUUCCAUGGUAGUGGCGUGGCUAUCCAACUCAGUUGAUCAGGAGCUCCAGCCCAGUGUUGCAUGCAUUCAAAAUGCCAAGACUCUGUGGGAUGACCUCAAGGAAAGGUUUUCCCAAGGUAAUGAAACAAGGGUUUAUGAACUCAAGUCUCAAAUUUGUCUUACAAAGCAGGAAGGGCUAUUCGUCUCCAAAUAUUACUCUGUGUUAAAAGGAUUGUGGGAUGAGCUCGAAAAUUUUCUUGAGCUCACUCAGUGCACUUGCGAAACUGCUACAUCGGGUGCAUCACAGAGGGAGAAGGAGAAAUCUUACCAAUUUCUCAUGGGACUCAAUCCCGAAUUGAAUACGGUACGGUCUAAUAUUCUCAGUAUGGAACCAUUUCCCUCCCUUAACAAAAUAUAUUCGAUGGUCAUACAUGAGGAAAGGCAGAAAAUCGUGUCCUGUGUGAACAAGCCGAGAGCGGAUGCAGCCGCCUUCUAUGUGAAGGAAGAGAGGGCCCACUCUGAGAUCCGUUCAAGUGGCCGCCUGUUCUGCGACCACUGCCAGCAAGUUGGCCAUGUCCUCAACACCUGUUGGAAGCUCCACGGGAAACCUGUAAAUUGGGUGGCUAAAGGAAAAGGGAAGCAAUUAGGGUUCUAG